CGCAGUUUAGUCUACCAAAAGUGCCGAUAAGCUUGUUGGCGUAGACUCCUGCGUCCGCCGACCGAUUCCCCACGGACACGAACAUGGCAUCCUCACAUGGAGAAUCACCAGCUGACGCCAAGGUCUCAAUCGAACUGACGAAGUACGCAGUUCCCUUGAACCAAGGGACAGCGUCACCGGCCUCCUCGCGUCCCAACGGUGCAACCCAAGCCCAUGCGGUGGUGAACCCACUCUUCGCCCAGCAAGCUCCCACCGAGAAACGGCUAACAAGCUUCCCGCAACCUGGCAUGGUGUCCAAUGUCGAGGAACUCUUCUCCGACGGAUCGCGGCACCCUGCAUCUACCGCGCGACCGUCUCCUACGGCCCAUGUCCUUCCAUCAGUACCCGGUUUGCCGUUGACAGUCCCCAAGGCGGCGGCGGCGACAUCGCCCCCCGCGACGACGCAAAACUGGAUGCCUGAUAAAGUCUGCAAGGUGUGCUCGGACUGCGGCGAGUCAUUCAACAUCUUCCGGCGGCGACACCACUGCCGUGCGUGCGGCGGUAUCUUUUGCCAUUCGUGCAGUCCAUACGCGGCGGAAGCCAUCGAGCAGGGCGUCAAGACCCACGUCCGCAACUGCAAGCGGUGCCACCAGCGCACGACAUUGACCAACCAGAACGUGACGGAGGUAGCCGCGGACUUUCCGCCGGGGCUGAUGAGUCCACUCGUGAGCCAAACCGUGUUUGAUUACGGCAACAUUGCUGGCUUUGACCUCGAGUUGGACGUCGGAACGUUGUCCGACGGCGUCGCAGAUGCCGCGACCGUUCGCACUAACUCGCUGUACCAGCACUUGUCCCGACGUCCGAGUUUCGAACUUGCGUCGGCGCUCAAAGCCAUCCACGACGCAGAAGAGCACUUGGACAAGUCGUCGUCGUCGAUGCUUGAAAUCGUCGACGAAGACGGCGAAGGCGGACGGAGCAGCAGCAUCGGGUACCCGGACGAGUACCACCACCACCGGUACCCCGACUGCUGCCACUCGCCGCCGCCGCUGUCGUCGACCAAGUCCAAGGCGAGUUCUGCGCGACCAAGCUUUACCGACGGAACAAUCGAUGGCCACCAGUGGCCCUUGAGUGACCACACGCCGCCAUUCGAUCCGGCGACGCCGCUCGAAGCCCACCAGAUGGCCAGUCGACGGCAAAUUCGUAAGCUGCUGGCUCGGGCGUUGGAAGACACGAUGGGCACCCUCCUGCCGGACGCGGCCGACCGCCGCGCGGUGCUGGGGGAGCUGGAGCGCCUCGUGGAAGACACGACGGCGCUGCUGGUGCGGGCCACGUACAGCCGGAACGCGGUGGACGGGAUGUUCAACCACCAAGACCUUCUCCACGUCAAGACGAUUGCAGAAGUCCCCGACGACGACACCGCACCAACUUCAUCUUCAUUGGUCCACGGCCAAGUGAUUCACGGCAUCGUGUGUCGAAAGAACGUGAGCCACAAGAAGGCGCCGCGGUGGCUGGAGCACCCGCGCGUGCUGCUGCUGGGCGGCAGCAUCGUCACGGACCGUGAGUCGGCGAAACUGACCAAGUUUGAGGACCUGAUCAACGACGAGGCCGCGUACGCGCAGCAGCUGGUGGACAAGAUCCUGUCGCUGAAUCCGACCGUCGUGUUUGUCGAGCACAGCGUGUCGCGGCUGGCGCAGGACCAGCUGCAGCAGCACAACAUUGCGCUGGUGCUCAAGGUCAAGGGCACGACGCUCCAGCGGCUGGCGCGGCUCACGCGGGCCACCAUGGUGCCGUCCAUCGAUGCCAUGCGACCAGAGGACACGAGUGUGCUCGGCACGUCGUGCCGGUCGUUUGCGGUUGUCCCUACCAAAGUCGUCGACCCGACAAAGGAGGCGGGAGGUUGGAAACGAGAUUCGAUUUUGAUCGUGGAUGGCUGCGAUGCGUCGGCGGGGUGCACGAUCUUAUUGAAAGGUCCCAACAAAGCCGUGCUGCGGGCACUCAAGGCGCUGGUGCUGCAGGUGGCCCCACAAGCGUAUGACCUCAUGCUUCGCGCGCAAGCCUUGAGCGACCUCGCGUACCCCGUGCCAAGUCUGGACGAGAACGAGAAUGCAUGGGCUGUCCAAGUGAUCAAGUACAUGCUCAAGCAUCGGGACGAAGUGCACAAGCCAAAGUUCUCGCAGUGCAGUCGCCCGCAGCCGCACAAAGUUGCGUUCUACUCCAAGCACGACAAGGCGUUGGGGUCGUAUUUGCAGAAAGAAGGCAUCGACUCGUCGACCAAGUGCCAGGUGCCAAACUGCAAAGUGCCGUUGAUCGAACACUUGGAAGCGUACAGUUUCCUCAACGGCACAGUGCUCAUCUCGACCGAGCGAAUGCCAGACCUGGCGCGGUCCGAGAUCGAGCGGACGGAAGGGCAGCAUGCCGCAGACACCCAACCACCGCCGACACCGCAGCCGCCGCCGUCCCACGGCACGUGUGUGGACGACGAUGCAAAGGGGCCGACCAUCUUCUUUUGGCGGCAUUGCCUCGAAUGCUCCAGGAUGGUCACCCCGCCGCGGUUGCUGCCCGUGUCGACGCUCAAGUUUUCAUUUGCCCGAUUCUUGGAGACCAUUUUCAGAGUCCCGGGGCCGCAAGCGACGUCGUGCCUACUUCGUCCUCGAGUGGGCUCGUCGACUUCUCCGGCGGCCGAAGCGGCACCUGUCGAAGGGAAUGACGCGGUCGGAGCCCCCACGGAGGACGACGUGGGCUGUCCCCACGACGGACAAACCCAGCACCUGCUCUACUUUAAGUGUGGGAAACGGGCGAUUCGCGUCGAAUACAUGCAGCACGAACCGUGGUACAUCCAGCACGACAAUUGUUUGCACUUUGACCAGCGGUGGUAUGUCGACCACCAGCGCCAGCAAGCGACGGCGCUCAAGGCCGCCGUGGCCGACCAUUUCGCGGCGCUUCUCCGCAAGAUCAAGGCGCUGCCAGCCGCCGCCGCUUCUCGAGACGUCAUGUGCUUGGAGCUGCUCGUGCGGACGUCGCAGACGGGGUACUUGGCCGACUUGACCUUGUUGGAAGGGCUAGGCGAAGUUUUGGCCGAGUCGGGCGGCGCUACGUUUGUGGUGGAUGCCAACUCGGUGCGCCGGGCGUUCUACCACUCGUGUUGCGAAUGGUCGACGAUGUUGCACAAGAUCACUGCUACGAUGUCGGCCAACGCGACGCCCGAGGACACGUCCGAUGCCACGACGAGCAUGAACGGAGAGGUGGAAGGACCGGUGCCAACCCCCGCCAGAGUGCCGUCGGUGGUCGGCGAGCUGGAAGGCGGCGUGUCGACACUCGAAGCCGAACUUGAACUGCCUCCACUUUCCAUCACUGUCAAGGAGCCGACGAUGGGCGCUGAGUCGCCGGUGUCGUGGACCACAGCCCUGAGCAACUCGUUGGGGGCGAUCCUCCUCGGGGACAAGAAGGAUGAACCGAUGGCCGAUCGGCACCACGACGUGCCCGAGGCGUUCGCGGGGGGCCAUCCGUUUCUUCCGGCGGGGGCCCACCACCGCGUCGUGUUUGUAUACGACCACCUGCGCUUCUCAUACGUGGCGUACGCGCUCAACUCGACAGAGUACGCGGCCGAAGUUGCCGUCCAAGGAGGGAUCGCCCCGCAAAGUUCCGUGACGUGGCAGCACCAGGCGGGCGUGGAGGAUCGAUUGAAGUCGGCCGUCGACACCACCGUGAAGCUCAAGUUUGCGGCCAGUGACGUUGACUUUAUGUGCCAAGUGCACUAUGCCGUUCAGUUUGAAGCACUGCGCACGUUGUUCUACGGCGAUACGGUGGACUUUAUCAAGUCGUUGGCUACGAGUGAGCACUGGAGUGCCAAGGGGGGCAAGUCGGGCGCGACGUUUUUCCGUACGGCCGACGAUCGGUUUGUGAUCAAGUACAUUAGCCAAGUGGAGCUACAGAGCUUUCUAGCGUCGGCCGUGUCGUACUUUGCAUACAUUGCAAAAGUGCACUUUGACGGGGUGGACAGCGUCUUGAGCAAACUCGUGGGGGUGUUUACGGUCACGACGAAGCGGUGGACCGAGCACUUGGUCGUGAUGGAAAACGUGUUUUCCAAAGCCACGACCCAAAUCGACCACGUGUACGACUUGAAGGGCAGCACGCGCAACCGGUACCUGGACCCGCCCCACGACGUGCUCCUCGACGGCAACUUUCUCGAGCGGCACCUCGGCCUCCCGUGCCCGCUGCACUGUCGAUCGUACGAUAAGCUCGUCGAAGCCAUCCGGAACGACGUGCAGUUUCUCAGUGACAACAACAUCAUGGACUACUCGCUCGUGAUUGGGUACGCGCCCGAGGUCCCGGUUAACGUCGACGACCACGACGGUACCAACCACGACGUGACGACCAACCGCGUGCUCCUCGUCGGUAUCAUCGACUACCUGCGGCACUUUGACUUUCUCAAGCGCAUGGAGAGCGUGGGCAAAAGCGUGACCAUGAUCGCUGGCCAGGCGGCGCCCACGGUCGUCCAGCCCAAACAAUAUGCCAAGCGAUUUGUGGAUGCGCUCGAACAGACGUACUUUAUGCCCGUGCCGUCGUUCACAGAACAAGUGUACAAGGCAUAGACAUACGCCCAAAGACUCGUGGUAUACAACAGAUGACAUGCAAUAGAUUCCUUGCCUAGAUAAGUAUGAAGAAGGGGGCUCGUGGUUGAGCUAGUAAGUGUACAGUAUGUGUUUAGUUUGAGCGGGAGCCAAGCAAGGACGUUGGAGUCGUGAGAGAUGACGACGGGACGUUCGUUGAAGAGCAUACGAGACGGAAUCAAGGGUGAUCUUUCUUCAAAGUGUACCAUGUAAGCUCCUUGGCCUUGGUCAGCCGCAACACGAGCUUGUCGUCCUUUUUCUUCAACGUCACCGCCAUCACCUCUUCGUACAAGUAUUUGAUCUUGAACACGAGGUCAGCGCCCGAUGGAUCGAAUUCGCGGAUGCGCACGUCCACCGACCGUGCUGACCAGUCCAACGUGAUCAAAUCAUCGGGGUGGGUACCGAUCGCCGGCACGUCGAUGUAUACAGUCGCGCUUUUCUUGCCGUCCGACCACGCGUAGGCGGUGAUGGGGCGGUCUGUGGACACUGCAAUUGAACUCUCAGAUGUGGCAAUCAAUCGAGGAGCACACUGGCCAUCCCAUUGAUGGUCGUCGGCACCCGAACGUUUCUUGUGCGCGUAGUAGUAUGCGUUGGUGCCCUUAUCGCGGAUAUUCGAGUGCAGCGCCGAGAUCGGAGCAGCGGUCGUCGUGGACUCGUCGGAACUCAUAGGUCACUUGUGUGCUUGAAGAGGAAUGUUCAGCUAUGGGUGUGACCGACGGAUCCAGAGGGCGGAAAAGUUCGCUGAAGAGGCGAAGACGGCCGCUCCUUACUCGGCGAAAAAUGAAAUGCCAAGUGGC